AUGGACAGCCAGCGCUAUAUUUAAAUUCCGUUCAUUAACACCAUCGCUCAAUCAUACGAUUGUUUUCAUCCCGUCCCGAGGCCCCUGCAGAGUUCUUGGAAAGGUCAUUCCGUGCACUCCUGCCUUAUGGGCGGACCUCGCCUGGAGAGCUCAUAGCCACCGAAGCCCUGGAGAUGAAGGCACGGCGUAGCGCACUCCGUGGGAUUGAUGCUGCCCUUCAUUGGCUACUUGCACAGACCUUUGCAAUAAUCUCUUUUCAGCGAAAUGGAGGAGACGCCAGAUCUUAAACAACCGAAUGAUUGCACCUCGUACCAGGAAGAAAUGGGUGACAAGAAACCGCUUCUUCCAUCCCAGGACGAAAAAGGAGAAAGGGGAAAAAGUAGUUUAUCUUCGGCCAGCUUUAACGUCAUUAAUUCAAUCAUUGGAUCUGGAAUUAUAGGUUUACCUUACGCAAUGAGACAAGCUGGAUUCCUUUUGGGGAUGAUGCUCCUUCUAGCGGUUGCUCUGAUAAACGAUUACUCCAUUAUUCUGCUAAUCAAAGCUGGGAAUUUGUCUGGAACCAACACCUAUCAAGCACUUGUUCGUAAAACAUUUGGUCUAAUUGGCUACAUUAUCCUCUCCAUUCUGCAGUUUAUAUAUCCUUUUCUGGCCAUGGUCAGCUACAAUAUCAUUACAGGCGAUACUUUAACAAAGGUUUUCCAACGACUAGCUGGAGUUGGUCCUGGGAGUAUUCUUGCAAAUCGCCAUUUUGUCAUUGUGAUCACCACGCUCCUUUUUACACUUCCUUUGUCUCUUUAUCGGGAUAUAUCAAAACUUGGCAAGGUUUCUUUUCUUUCUCUCCUGCUUACCUUGGUGAUUCUUGUGAUUGUGGUGGUGAGAGCUGUGACAUUCGGGCCACAAAUACCUCCAACAGUAGACGCAUGGGACUUUGCUAAACCCAGUGCUAUCCAGGCAGUUGGUGUCAUGUCAUUUGCUUUUAUAUGUCACCACAACAGCUUUUUGAUCUAUGGCUCACUGAGAGAUCCCACAAUGCAAAACUGGUCCAAUAUUACCCACGUGUCGGUAUCCUUUGCACUUCUGGUUAGUUUAGUUUUUGCUGGCUGUGGAUAUUCUACUUUCACCGGAUAUACACAAGGAGACAUAUUUGAAAAUUAUUGUAAAAAUGAUGACCUGGCAACAUUUGGAAGACUGUGUUAUGCAGUGAGCAUUGUCCUGACUUUUCCUAUUGAAUGCUUUGUGACAAGGGAGGUCAUAUCAAAUGUGUUCCUUAAGGGGAGACUUUCAAUGGUUUUCCAUAUCUUUUUGACUCUGCUUAUUGUCGCAGUGUGUACCAGCUUGUCACUGAUAUACGACUGCCUGGGCAUCGUCUUGGAACUGAAUGGUGUUCUGAGUGCAAUUCCUUUGGUGUUCGUCAUACCGGCUGCUUGUUACCUGAAGCUCACCGACAAUCACUGGUCCCACCGAGACAGCCUCAUUUCUGUUUUCCUAUUUGUCACUGGUGUCUCUAUCCUAACAGUUGGUUUCACCAUGACUGUCUUGCACCCCCAACAGUGUUCACAUGGAAAGGAAAUGUUUUACUGCCUGCCAUCAAAUUCAUCCAUUACGAAUGUCACGUUUCCCACAAAUGUGCCGCAAGCUGAAACUGUUCCCACCAGCAGUAGCUUGUCUUAAGUAUAAAGAAUUGACUGUGGUAUGUGCUGUCAGAAAACUACUCAUUUUACAAAGGUGUUUUACCCCGUAAAUGCAGUUACUGUUUGUAUUUUUUAGUAUUCAAAAUAAGUAGGCAGAACUUCUACCAUUUCUGUCCUUUGUUAAAUUUGAUUUUUGUUAGAUUGUUUUGGAACAGAGGUUUUGGCUUCAUGUUGAAAUAAGAACAAACAUACAGAAGAGCGAGUCCAUUUUUUUUUUUUUAAUAAACCAGCAUCUUCUUGUAAUCAGUGCUGUGUUUGUGGAAUUGUGGCAUUGAGCUCAGAGGCAAAUGUGAAGAGGGCAGGAAAAGGCUGAAUGUGAAGAAAAGUUUGAUCUAAACAACUCUGAAGGGCCUCCUCUGUAAUAAGCCAUUCAUUUACUUAAAUCCAUAGCAGACAAGAAGCUGAUCAUUUUUGAAAAUUAUUUUCAGGUUAGAAAUUGCUGGAAGAUCUUUAGUUAAACCCCACCAAGCACUUUUGGUUGUUUGGACCAACUCUGCUGUUUGUAAAAUGCACUUUAAUUCAGCUCCAAACUUUCUAAAGCACUGGUCAAUAACACUAAAUGACAAUCUGGUCGCAUUGUGCCCCCCAUGUGCUUAUUCCAUCUGUCCAGUUUGUGUGUGUGUGCGUGUGUGUGUGUGUGUGUCAACCUUUAUUAGAAGGUUUUAGAGGUCCUUGGUCUUUCAUCGUUUUACAGUAAGACUUGUCUAAGUCUUGGUUAUUUCUGUGUGUUUUUUCCACCGUAAUAAGGCAAUGUUUAAAAUGAAGAGGCU